AACGGCGCUUCGGAGGAACGUACGUCGCGCCCGCGCGAGCGAUGCAGCUAACGGCGUUCCUCCAAAGAGGGUGGUCUGCGUGAUGCUCGGGAAGUCGAAGGCCGGCGAAGAGCAGGCAAAGCGCUUCGUCUGCCGCCUCCUUCGCGCAUGUCCCUUCGUCGCCGAAGAAGUCGGUGAUGCGGGACCUCUUCCCUUCGCCAUCGCGAGCAGCGCCGCGCACCGCACCGAGUGCGGCUGCCUCCGCCGCGCGCUUUCGUUCGCGCGCCUGCAGCUUCGAAUUGUACGAAGUCUUCACGGCGUCACGGGCAGACUUGGGAGCCGAGGGGCAGAGCCGCACUUCGCGACGUCUCAUGCCGGACCAGCUGAUCUUCGUCGCGCUAUCGCUUGAGUCGUCGAUUGGGACGUUGAAGUGGCGGAACACGACAUGCGUGCUGUCGGGGCAAAAGAGUGUGCUGCUAGUAGAAGCCUCCGCGGAAACAGGGGCUGCCGCAGCUGAAGGGGAAGACGGAGUGGGUCUAGGCGUGGAGGCCAUGCUGGAGACGGAAGGGGAAGCUAGAGAAGAGAAUGAGUUCGAAAUGCUAGAAUGGCUGCUCUUUAUGCUUGGAAAGCGUACUCUGUUAGGGGAAAAGGGAUACGGCUACAUGGCGCCAGAGCAGUUUCAGAACCGGGCGACCUCACAGUCGGACCUCUACUCCCUGGGUGCACUCUGCUCUUCCUGCUAUCGGGCCGACCUCCUUCUGCGUUUCCCCAGAAUCGCCUCAAGAUUGACUUCCAGUCGUCUCUCGGCCCCUCCGUAUCCCCCGCCUAGCCACUGUGCUGGACUGCCUGCUCAUGCCCGCACCAGAGGACAGAUUUAAGACUGCUCGUGACGUCAUCAACGCUUUGACCUGUGCCGAAUCCUCACUCUACCGUUACCUGCCGAACCACUACAAGCAGCAGCAGCAGCAGCAGCAGCAACCGAACUCCUCUUCCCCAACCACUCUGAGCACUGCUGGCAUGGGGGGGUCUCGCUUCAACAAGGCCAAGGGCGCCUCCUCUCUCAUGCAGCGGCCACCUUCCUCUGUCGCUCCGUUGCAAAACCUCCCUGCCUCCUUCCUGCCCCCUUCUGCUCCACUCACCCGACCUGCCGGCACCCAAGUGGUACUGGAGAGGACAGAAGGUGGAAAGGUGCUGGUGGUUCACAUUCCCCCUGCCGGUUUGGACGCGGGAGGCUGUCGGCACAGGCGGCUUUGCCAUAGCCUGGAAUGCCUUCAUUGCUUUUUGGACUGCCUCAGCACUCACAGGAGGGGCGCCUCUUCUAUUCACUGCGUUCUCCAUCCCCUUCUGGCUCGUGGGCGGAGACCUGGCCAAAAAGGUGGUCUCCUCAAUCGCAGUGUCGGUGGAUCUGGUGUUUGACCGCCGGGGGGAAGGGCCUGGAGGGGAUUUCAGCAUAACCUGGCGGGUGGGCGAUCUAUGGAGCCACACCGAGAGGGGCAGAUGCGCUGAUGUUUCACGGGCUGCAGUGGUGGUGGAAGGGUUCCAAAACGGCGAGCCAAUGGCAGUUUGCCAGCUGGCGGAAGGCGUGAAGGAGCAUCGCUUUGGAGGCGGGCUGAAGCCGGUGGAGCAGCAGUGGGUGGUGGGGCAGAUAGGGGAGUUCCUGGGGAUUGGGUUUGGGGGGGUGCUGGGGGUGGAUGAGGAGGCGAGUAGGAGGGGAGGGAGGAAUCAGUGGAGCGACGAUGAGGAGUGGUGAGGAGAAACCCAAUAUGCCCAUGCAUUGCGAUGCACAAUUGUUAAAGCAAAGCGCGUGUGAUAUGUGGUGGGCAGAAUAUGCCUACGACAUGUUUGCUUAUCGUAAACGCCCGGAUAGAAGACCCCCCUAAGUCUUAUCAUAUACCGAGCAAGUCGUGAAGUUUCUUGUUGAAAGUACCUCAAAAGACUUGAGCGUUUCUGAAGUGUAACACUACACUCGAGGAAGACUACAAGGGGUACGCGAGUCAACGGAGGUUACACGAGGGGGCGGACAAAGAACACGAAGGGUCUGGGACUCAAAGGGUCGCAACUGGAGGUUGCGACUGACCGUUACAACAGCGCGGAUGGUAACCGAAGCGACAAUCGAGUCGCUGUGCGACUCGAUAAACCGCUACUGCAACUGUACUCUACAACUGUUUUCUUAUCUUCUAUAUAUUGCUGUAUGCUUGUCUCUUU